AGAAAGUGGAAGAACUUAAGAGGAAUCUGAGAUGACAGCAGACAUUGUUCACUAUAGCAACAUCACAAAGUGAAGCUGCUGUGAGAGCAAGUUUUAUUGUGACAGAGGAGGUCGCUGUCAGCCCGGCCAUUCAGUGAGGGAGAGUUUGUGAAGAGUUGCAUGAUGAAAGUGUGUGAAGUCUUGUGUCCAGACAAAAAGCAAAUGUUUGCAAAUGUAAGCCUCAGCAGAAACACGGUUGCUAAUAGGAUUUGUGAGAUGGCCACUGAUGUGGAAGCAUGUAAUGAGCUCUGUAACACAAACCGUCAACUUCAUCAGAGCCAAAGGGUUCAAUCCCCGAUGUUUCAGUCAUUUGUGCAGGAAACAGAUUUACAGUGGGGCGACAGGCCGUAUCACACAGACGUGAGGUGGCUAAGUCGGGGCAAAGUUCUCACUCGAGUUUUUCAGCUGAUUGGGGAAAUCUGUCAGUUCAUGGACAGCAGAGGAAAAGACUCCACAGUCUUGCAGGAUGAAAAGUGGAAAUGUGAGUUGGCAUUUCUGUGUGACAUAACCACUCAUCUCAACGCCUUGAACCUGCAGCUCCAGGGACGGGGCCACUUGAUCACUGACCUGCACGAUGCAGUGAAGGCAUUUCAAGUGAAGUUGGUCUUAUGGGAAACACAAAUGAACCAAUGCAACUUGUUUCACUUUCCUUGCUGCAAAACAGUGAUGGACGAAGUCAGCGCCAAGGUGUUCCCAAAUGCACAUUUUGCUGAAAAACUGAACUCACUUCGUGCCGAGUUCAAACGCCGUUUCAGUGACUUUGAGGUGCAGAAGAACAACUUCCACCUAUUUCACAACCCAUUUGCCAUCGACGUGGAAACUGCACAUAUGCAUUUGCAGAUGGAACUUAUAGAACUGCAAUGUAGUGAGUCACUGAAGGCAAAGUACAACUCUGUGGGGCCUGCACUCUUCACUCAUUCCCUCCCACAAACGAUGCCCCACCUUCGUCUACAUGCGGACUCGAAUCUUGAGCAUGUUUGGCAGCACAUAUUUGUGUGAGCAACUUUUCUCUGUGAUGAAGAUCAACAAAACAUCACACAGGAGUCGUCUUACUGAUGUACACUUGCAGUCCAUCCUAAG